GGCACUUUUUUUGAGCACCUGCCCCUUUAGUGAUCUCUGCACGACCCUGCUAAUUCACAUAAUGUCAUUUUGUUUUAUUUGCACGGUGAGGAUUCAAAUACAGAGAGAAGGCAGGCAGGGUUAGGGUAAUGUUGACAUAGCGAGGAAAAUAAAUUGCACAAAUACCACAGAAACAAAUACAAAGCAGAGAAGCAAUGGACAAAAACAGAAAACUUGGGAAGACAACCAGAGACCAGUAAUCAGAUAACCCAAGAAUUCAUCAAUAAAUUAAAGUUUAAGUAUAUUUUUGGGGUUGUCUGUAAUGUGCCUCUGUGGGAUGCAUAAGUGAAGACUCUGUAAGACAGACUUAAAUAAGUAAGUACAGUUAUUAACCAAUGCAUAUGCAGGUUAAGCAAGCCCAAAAUGCAUAGAUUAAUGUUAAACAUGAGAGAGUUAAUGAGAAUUUAGAGACCGGUCAGAGCAACAAGGCCAAUAAAGACCCACCCGCUCUCUGGACAGCGUCCAUCUUUAUAUAGAGCAUAUUAUAACAAUCACAUAUUCCACAUUGACAUCUUGUUUGGAUCCUGUGCCACAUUGUCCCCUUGUGCAUCUGGAAUCUUCCCCGUGCCUUCAGGAAAACUGAAUCCAUAGGUAAAUGUGUUUUUCAAACUCAAUGUUUUUUGUGCUGUGAUUCGUUCCAGGUCAUUCCAAAAAGUCCAUUUGUGUGUCCAGACUCCAGACUCCACUUCACUCAUAGCAAAAGCCUCAGCUUUUGUGUGAUACUGAGAUAUAAAGAUAUAACCUGUUUUCAAACACUACAAAGUCGAUGGUUAAACUGCAGAAAAGAGGUAAUCAGAAGAACUGAUCUGUUGCAGCUGAGAGCCAAGCAGUCCCAUGGAGUGAAUGAGAAUGUGAAACAAACAGACUAACUUAAACUAAUUACAGAGGAAAACAGGAAUCUGGUAAACAGAGGACAUACUAACAUGGACGAGGAAGUCAGUAGUUGGAAAACUAAUAUUAAAGUUAUGAACCUGACAAACCAAAAAUAAAAGAUGACUAGAAAAAAGAACUAAGAAUUCACAGUAUACAAAAUAAUACAAAAAUAGGAAAUGUAAUAAAAAAAACCUAAAGAAAGUGACAUUCAGUGUUGUUGACCAGAUACAGAGGAUGUAAAAAGACGGGUACACCACUGAGAGCAAACAGUACAGAAACUGAGAGGGUGAAGCAAAAGAUGAGUCAAAAAGUCUCUGUAGGCAGGAUUUCCUCUACCAGAGGAGGACAACGCUCCAGCAAGGCGCCUGCUGCCCAGUGCCAUCUCUGGAAGUAAAUUGUGACCUUUCGACGUGGAUCACACCCAGCAGCCAUGGUGGCAUGUGGGCUCAGACCAUUGUUCCUCCUCGCUGUCAUCCUCCUCCUCAGCUCCCUCCCACUGCUGGUUUAUCACAGCUUGGUCAUCCAGAUGCUUCACGUGCAGCAGUACCCUGCGCCUGCUUCUCAGAGGAAUCUCAGCAUCUUGCUGUGGCACUGGCCAUUCGGACGGUCCUACAGUCUCAGUGGGAACAAAUGUCUGGAGAUGUAUGGUAUUGGCCACUGUUUCCUCACUGAUGACAGAUCCGCCUACCCAACUGCAGAUGUGGUUGUAUUCCACCACCAGGAGUUGAGCAACGCUGCAUCGAUUCUGCCAAUGCACUUGCCUCGGUCAACGGCCCAGGGCUGGAUGUGGCUAUCCAUGGAGCCUCCAGUCAACAAUGCAAAUGUCAAGCAGCUUAACGGUGUCUUUAAUUGGACGAUGAGCUACAGACGGGACGCGGAUGUUACCAUUCCUUAUGGAGAGACCCUUCCAGGAGCUGGAAUGCAAGGUUUUCAAAGUGCUUUAAAGCGUUCCUGCUUUGCAAGCUGGGUGGUUAGCAAAUCCAAGCCCAACCAGACCCGUGUUAAUGUUUACCAAAGUCUGCAGAAAUACAUCCCCAUCCAGGUGUAUGGAAAGUGGAAGAAGAAGCCUCUCCCAGACGAUAGGUUGCUGCCCACCAUCUCAAAAUGUCUGUUCUACUUGUCUUUUGAAAACUCAGAGACAAAAGACUAUAUCAGUGAGAAGCUGUGGAGGAAUGCAUUCCAAGCAAGGACCAUUCCAGUAGUUCUUGGCCCUAGCAGGCCCACCUAUGAGGAAGUGGCUCCGCCUCAUUCCUUCAUCCAUGUAGCUGAUUUUAAGAGUGUAGUAGAGCUGGCUGUUUACCUGAAUCAUGUGGCUGCAGACAAGCAAGCCUAUGAGGAGUACUUCAAGUGGCACAAGACGCACAGGAUUAAAACCUACACUGACUGGAGAGAAAGACUCUGUCAGAUCUGCCUUAAGUACCCCAGUUUACCAACCAGCAAGGUUUACCAGGACCUGGAUGGCUGGGUUAACAGAUGAUACUUCUAACACUGCUGGCUGACUGCAGGAAGAUGCAUAUGGAGUGAAAAUAGUCUCAAAAUAUCUGUGCGUGUGUAAAAAUAUCUGUGCGUGUGUAAUACUGGAUUUGUAAACCUUAAAAAUAAAAUAAAUCUUCUCCUACGUCUAUAAAUGUUGUAAAAGUACACACAAAUCACCUGGUACACACACAAAACUGCAUUUACACACAGAUCCGGUUACGAGAGCACAAGUAUUUUUGAGACUCCCGCUUUGGGGAAGCUCCCAUAUUUGUGUGUAGAUGGUGCGUUUACAUGCUAGUAAAAGCUGGGACAUCUGAGUUUAGUGUUUUUAUCCUCUAAUGUUUCUCACUGUGCUUGUGCUGAAGUGGCAAA